AAAAAAAAAAACAGCAAAACAGCAAAGGGAGAGCAGAAUGAAACCGCAGAGAUUGUAACUGAGAAACAAAAACAACAGCAGAUAAAAUAAGAGAUGGAAAGCAGUUGAAAUCAGUUGCCGUGUUGGUGAAUCCCAGAUACAGGAGACCCAGCAAAACCGAAGCCCCUGAGUCUCCGAGCCCAGGGGAGAGAGAAAGACAUUCAUUCCCUAUAAAAUACAAUCAAUCUCCCCCACUUCCCCACUCUCUCUCUCCUCUCGCAUGAUUUUGUCUCUCUCUCUCUCUCCAAAUCUUGUUUUUGUUUUUCCAUUUAUUUAUUCCUCAACGUGCACGGACGCUCUUCAUCUUCUCCACCAGAAAAAGAAUCAACAGCCGUUUCAAAAGUCUGGAUUUUGGAAUAUUAUUGAGAAAGGAGUCUCAAUCUGCAUCUCAUCGGCGUUGUUUAAAUCCGCGAGCGUGCUUGGUCAGUUGAGCAAAAUGAUUAUGUAGCAAUAGUUUUUGAUUGGAACAACCCAUCUUAAGGUCUGCUAAUGGGGUCCGCAAUGGAGAAGAAAUGGCUAUUCCCUCUUCUCAUAAGUUCUGUCAUAUGCAUAUUCCUUCUAGCCACCUCCAUGAACUUGGGUCUCGUAUCUUCACGACAAGCAAUCAAUUCGAUCUUUUCCUUUUUACCAUCUAGGGUGGUAACAAACCAAUCUAGUCCAGCUUUUGCUGAGACUAUAGUUUCACAAGGUCCACCCCCUCCUCCAGUGCCAUCGAUUCCCCGCUUUGCUUAUCUAAUUUCCGGGUCAAAGGGGGAUUUGGAAAAGCUUUGGAGAACUCUCAAAGCGCUUUACCAUCCAUUGAAUCAAUAUGUUCUUCAUUUAGACCUUGAGUCGCCGUUAGCAGAAAGAUUGGAGCUUGCUUCGCGAGUGGACAACGAGACUCUCUUUAAUACAGUUGGGAAUGUUUUCAUGAUCAAGAAAGCUAAUAUGGUAACUUACAGAGGACCAACAAUGGUUGCUAAUACUCUUCAUGCCUGCGCAAUUCUUCUCAGGAGGAGUAAGGAUUGGGAUUGGUUUAUCAAUCUCAGCGCCUCAGAUUAUCCGCUUGUUACUCAAGAUGAUCUUAUUAACACUUUUUCAACUUUAAACCGAAAUCUGAAUUUCAUUGAGCACACAAGCCAACUUGGCUGGAAGGAGGAUAAACGAGCAAUGCCUUUGAUUUUAGACCCUGGUCUCUACUCAUCGAAAAAACAAGAUGUAUUUUGGGUUACACCGCGGCGAACAUUGCCCACUUCGUUUAAAUUGUUUACUGGUUCGGCAUGGAUGGUCUUAUCACGCUGGUUCGUUGAGUACUGCGUUUGGGGUUGGGACAAUCUUCCGAGGACCCUUCUCAUGUACUACACAAACUUUGUUUCUUCGCCAGAAGGCUACUUUCACACUGUUUUAUGCAAUGAGCCGGAGUUUGCUAAGACUGCCGUCAACCAUGAUUUGCACUACAUUUCUUGGGACAUUCCUCCCAAGCAGCAUCCUCAUACCCUCAACAUUAAUGACACAAACAAGAUGAUUGCAAGUGGUGCUGCCUUUGCUCGAAAAUUCAGGCACGACGACCCCGUCCUGGACAGGAUCGACAAGGAAUUACUUCACCGAAGAAAAGAGAGCUUCACUCCCGGUGGUUGGUGUGCUGGCAAACCGAAAUGCUCCAGGGUUGGUAACCCGAACAAGAUCAAACCAAGUCCAGGCGCCGACAGGCUUCGCCACCUCGUGGGUAGGCUUACCUUGACAGCCAAGUUUGGUCAAAACCAGUGUAAAUAGAUUGUGUUGACAUUCUUGGAAAUUGAAUUAGUGAACGAAAAAGAAGAGUCAUACUUGUAUCAACAGUAUAAGACAGCAGUUGGGAAUUUAAAGGGAUCGUCCAUUUUUUAUGCUUAAGUUUGAUGGAAUUAAGGUUGAUGAGGAAGAUUAAGAUUAGUGUCCCCUUGAGCGUAUCCAUAGGUUGUCGCAUUGUUGAAAGCAAACAGGUGUUUGGUCGUUGUCAUUGUUUCUGUAGGUUGAUCUAUAUCUGCAACUUUACAAUCAUACAUUAUUAUAUGUUGUAUACUCUUACUGUUCCUCCA